UUGUUUAACAUUACAGUAUCAGAUCCAUGUCAAGAUCAAUCGUUAAAUGAUUGUGAUACCGUGGCAGAAUGUUACAGUGAGCAGCCAGGUUACUUUCAGUGCCGUUGUCCAACAGGCUUUGCAGAUAUAUCUGAAGAUUUUCGAUUUCCAGGCCGUAAGUGCAAAAAAGCUGUGGAUGAAUGCGCUCUUGGCACACACGAAUGUGAUGAAAAUGCAAAAUGCGAAGAUACUUUAGAUGGAUACAAGUGUCAUUGUAAGCCGGGAUGGAUUGAUGAUGGUGAAAGUCUGCAAUUAAAACCUGGACGUGCUUGUAAGAAAGCAAAUCUGUGUGCUAACAUUGUUUGUGCGAAAGAAGCUGAAUGCCAAGAAACGGACUUAGGACCAGUUUGCGAGUGUUUUUCUGGUUAUUUGGAUGUAUCACGGCAGCAUGGAAUGGCAGCAGGACACGUUUGUAGGAAAGUAAUAAACGAAUGCGCAACUGGUAAACACGAUUGUUCUUCUUCUGCAUCAUGCAUUGAUACUGCAGAUUCAUUUACAUGCCGAUGCCGAGAUGGAUUCCGGGACGAAAGUCCUGAUCUGACAAGCAGACCAGGACGAGUAUGUGUCAGAGCGAUUAUUCCGGAACCUCCUGAAUGUGAUGUAAAUGACCCUAUGAGUUGUGAUUCUAAAAAGAAGGAAGUUUGCCUCUUCAUUAAUGGAACUUACAAAUGUCAGUGUGCUGCGGGAUACGGUCGAUUACCAGAUGGUCGCUGCCUCGUUAUCAACGAAUGUGACGAUCAGCGACUGAAUGAUUGUUCUCCGGAUGCUGAUUGCAUUGAUCAAGCUGAUGGCUACAUUUGUCGAUGUCGUAGUGGUUUUGCAGAUGUAUCUAUUCCAUCUACACCUGGUCGAAUUUGUCGGGCUCGGAUCAAUGAAUGCACAGAACCUCAAAAAUAUAACGUAGAUUGUGACAAGAAUGCUGUAUGUAUCGAUACAGAUGACGACUACACAUGCAAGUGUCGACCAGGUUUCGCAGAUAUUUCCAGUUCAUUUGAGCGCUUGCCAGGUCGCCGGUGCAUUGAAGCUGUGAAUGAGUGUUUGAAUUCUAACCUAAAUGAUUGCUCUGAAAAUGCCAUUUGUGAAGAUGCUAAAGAAGGAUAUAUUUGCACAUGCAGACAAGGUUUUGUUGAUGCAUCGCAUAAUAUUACACAUUAUCCAGGUCGAGUAUGUCACAAACCCAAGCAUGAAAAAAUUAGAGAUAAUACGAUCGUAUUACAUAAUUUAGACAGGUGUGAUCCGAAGAAACCAAACUGUCGCACUAAUGAAAUAUGUACGGAUCGCAAAGCACGUGGGCAAUUCAUUUGUGAUUGCACAGAAAAUGCUUUUAGAUUUACGGAUGGCACUUGUCGUUUCUAUGCAGCUUGCGUGGGUGUGAAUGAUUGCGAUGAGAACGCUGUUUGUGCGAAUGCAUUUGAUUCAUACAAAUGCCAGUGCCGCCCAGGUUAUAUCGAUAUCUCGCCAGAUCCGGCAACGAAACCGGGCAGAGUUUGCAAAGAAUUGAUAAACGAGUGUGCUACUGGAAGUCAUACUUGCUCACCGCAUGCGACGUGUAUAGAUGCAACAGAUGGAUAUAUUUGUAUAUGUGCUGACGGUUUCGUAGAUACUUCAUCACAGUUCCAGCUUGCACCUGGACGUCGUUGUAGUAAUGCCAGUAAUGAAUGUGCGGAUCGAACUUUGAAUACGUGCGAUGAAAAUGCGGAUUGCAUUGACACUCCAGAUUCUUAUGUUUGUCAAUGUUAUCCCGGAUUUGUUGAUGUUUCUUCGAGCGCAAAAUUACAACCUGGCCGAGUUUGUACGGUGCAAACAACUUGUCCUAAACAGAAGACUGAUCUAAUGUUUCUUAUUGAUGGUUCUGGAUCAAUUGGUUCCUACGUUUUCAAGAAUGAGGUCUUGAGAUUUGUUAAAGAAUUUGUAGAACUGUUUGAUAUUGGAUUAGAAAAUACAAGAGUUGGUUUAAUUCAAUAUUCAGACCAAAUAAGACAUGAAUUUGAUCUGAAUCAGUACACUGAUAAAACUUCUGUUAUCAAUGCAAUUUCACAAAUUCAGUAUCUAACUGGCCUUACAAGGACAGGCUCAGCUAUUCAGCACAUGAUUACAGAAGGCUUCUCUGAGCGACGUGGCGCUCGCACGAAAGGUGACGACGUCACGCGUGUCGCUAUUGUAAUUACUGACGGCCGCAGUCAAGAUAACGUAACGGAACCGGCUUUAAAUACUCGUAAUUCUAAUGUAAACAUGUUUUCGGUUGGUGUAACAGAUCACGUACUUGCAUCAGAAUUAGAAUUGAUUGCUGGGUCUCCGUCACGAUGGUUUCACGUGGACAAGUUUAAUGAUUUGGACACUCGACUUCGAUCGCUAAUUCAAAAGGCGGCAUGUCCGCCAUCAGAUGUACGACCACUUCCAUAUGGAGGAUGUAAUCCUACAACACAAACUGGUUGCAAUAGAGCAUUAAACGAGAUCUGUGAACAGACUAAUGGUGUUACACGAUGUGUUUGUCCAAAAGAAUUUCAAAGACAUCCAAGCACCAGGCGUUGUGGUGGUGAACAGUGCAAUCCAGAUUUACCUACAUCUUGUCCGCAUCCAGAAAUAUGCAUGAUUACGCCGUUCUCAAAUUAUCUUUGCGUUUGUCCAAAAGGCUUUUCACGAGAUUCACGCUCAGGAAUCUGUCUAGCGUUAGAAACGAAGAGAAUAGAAAAACAACAAAAAGAACCAGUUGUUUUGUCAUCUCAAGAUGCUGAUUGUUACAAUGGUGGAAUGCGUUGUGCAAGCAAUGAGCACUGUGUUCUCGGAACCAACAAUAUCUAUCGCUGUGAGUGCAUUCUUGGAUAUGAGCGUAACCUACGCACAGGAGACUGUUCUGUCCCGGGUUUUUGUAAUCCAGCAUUAGCAAAUCCUUGCGACAUUCGAAAACGUGAGAAAUGCUUAUUGCAUUCCAGUGGAAAUUAUUAUUCAUGUCAAUGCAAUAUUAGUGAGAAGCGACAUCCCGUCACUGGAAUUUGCUUAUAUAAUGAAUGCGCUUUGGGAGUUCAUGAUUGUGACAGUAAUGCACGAUGCAUUGAUACUGAUGACGGUUUUCUGUGUGUUUGUCGGAGCGGUUUUCUUGAUCAUAGCAUAGAUGUAGUGAAAAAACCGGGGCGUAAAUGCGUGGCAGAAAAGAAUGAGUGUGAAGAUGGAACUCAUAAAUGCUCACCAAACGCUAUUUGCACUGAUACAGUGCAAGGAUAUAUUUGUCGAUGCAAGCCAGGCUUUAUCGACUUUUCUCCGAAUCCUCAAAGCUUUGGUGGUGUUAUUUGCAAAGAAAUAGUAAAUGAGUGCCAGAAUCCUUCGCUUAAUACUUGCCAUCAGGAUGCCAUUUGCAUUGACACCGCUGAUUCAUAUAAAUGUAUAUGCAAGCCUGGUUUUACUGACUUAGACGAACUUCGAGAUCCGGGACGAAAAUGUCAAAAAGUAAUACAUAAUGUACGUUGCGAGCGAGGUAACAAUGAAUGUGACCGAAACGCACGUUGUAUUCAGCGAGGUACUAACGAUUAUACUUGUGCUUGUCCAGCUAAUUAUCGUGAUAAAAGUCCAGAUCCCAACCGUCCAGGACGAGUUUGCAUUCCGUUGAUUCCGGAAUGUGACAAUCCAACAUUGAAUGAUUGUGAUUCUCCUGAUCGCGCUAUUUGUACUGAUACCGAUGAAGGUUAUGUGUGCCGUUGUCGACUAGGCUUUUUGGAUAUCUCUCCGAAUAUUACCUUAAAGCCCGGACGACUUUGCAAACCUCUUGAAAACGAGUGCGCUAAAAAACUUGAUGAUUGUGCCCGAGAUGGUGGAAUUUGUGAGGAUACACCGGAUUCUUAUACUUGUCGAUGUGCAAUUAAUUACUUGGACGUUUCUUUCGACCGUCAGAAUCGUCCUGGGCGCAAAUGCAAACGGCUGGUUGAUGAAUGCCAAACGGGACAAAAUGAUUGUUCACCGAAAGCUACAUGUACGGACACGGAAGAUUCCUAUGAAUGUGCUUGUCCAGUGGGAUACAUAGACGUGUCACCUGAUAUAUCUCACAAACCUGGAAGACGAUGUUUAUUAAGAGUUAAUGAAUGUAAAGAAAAUCGACAUGACUGUUCAGCAAAUGCAGAUUGCAUCGAUACUGCGGAAUCAUUUAUGUGCAAAUGUCGAGAUGACUUUGUUGAUGAAUCUCCGAAUAUUGGCAGUCGACCAGGGCGAAUUUGCCGGCCAGCUUUGGUAGAUGAAUGUCGUCUCGGGAAACACGACUGCCACCAGAAUGCAGUAUGUCAAGAUUUAUCUCAGGGUUAUACAUGCCAUUGCAAGUUAGAAUUUAUCGAUGAAAGUCCGAACCGAUCCUCACUUCCGGGACGUUUAUGCAUUCCGAGACCAACUCCGCCACCAGUAGAAUGCCAGAUCGAUGGAAGCGCGUCUUCUUGCAAGCAAGAAUUUAAAGAGGUUUGUCGCUUGAUCAAUAAUGAACCAAAAUGUACUUGUCCGAUCAACUACAACCGUGACCCAAUCACAAAAUCUUGCACGGUAAUCAAUGAAUGUGAUUUUGUACAAAUGAAUGAUUGCCAUCCAAGUGCUGAAUGCAUCGAUGAACCUCAUUCUUAUACUUGCCGCUGUAAGCCAGGUUUCAAAGACAUCUCUCCAAGUGACAAACCUGGGCGUGUUUGUCAGCCCUAUAUUAAUGAGUGUCAGUUCCCACACUUGAACGAUUGCCAUCAAAAUGCUAAAUGUAUCGACAAGGAAGAUGGCUACGAAUGCCAAUGUAAUCAAGGUUAUAUGGAUAGGCAACCUCAACGUCCUGGAAGAUUAUGCAAGAAAAUGGUUGAUGAAUGUUUAAGAUCAGAACUAAACAGUUGUGACAAAAAUGCGAACUGCAUCGAUGAAGAGGAUGGAUAUCGUUGUGAAUGUAAGGACGGGUUUUUGGACGUAUCACCGUCACCAACAUUCAGAGGAAGAGCAUGUCGUCGACUAAUUAAUGAAUGCUCGGAUCCGAAACUGAACGAUUGUGACAAGAUAUCAGUAUGUACAGAUACCACUGAUUCCUAUCUUUGUGAAUGUCCACAAAACUCGAAAGAUAUCUCACCAAAUCCAGCAUUUCCUGGUCGUGUAUGUCUUGUUUUUGAAAACGAAUGUAUGACUGGAAAGCAUGACUGUGAUCCAAAUGCAGUUUGCCGUGAUAACGAACAGUCAUUUACUUGUGAAUGUGCUCAAGGCUUUACUGACCGUUCACCAAAUCGGUUAAAUCGCCCAGGUCGCGUUUGUGUAGAGCUGGUGGAUGAAUGUGCAAGCAACAGACAUACAUGUAGUGCGCAAGCUGAAUGUCGAGAUUUAGAAGAAGGCUAUACAUGUGAAUGCAAAGAUGGCUUUGUGGAUCGAUCACCGAAUUUACUAAUACAGCCAGGACGAGUGUGCGGCACUCCUGAAGUUUGUCCAUCAAAUCAUGAAUGCAGUUCAGCCGCAGUAUGCGAACCUCUGGGUGGUAAUGAAUAUGAAUGUACUUGUAUCCAAGGUUACUUGGAUCAAUCACCAGCCGGAAAAAAGGGGCGUAUUUGCGUCAGAAAUAGUGCUUGUCGUGAUCCACGGUUGAAUAACUGCUCUCGUAAUGCUAUUUGUUACGAUGAACUUAAAGGAUAUCGUUGUGAAUGUGCUCGUGGUUAUGUUGAUCGAUCACCUGACGGAACACAACGUGGGCAUGUUUGUGAACCUCCUAUUCCUGCUACUCCACCACCACGCCAUCCAUGCCAAGAUCCACUUCUGAAUGAUUGCCAUCCAGCUGGAAUGUGUCGUGCAACAGGAUCUCAAACGUAUACUUGUGAAUGUUUGCAAGGUUACGUAGAUCGUUCACCGGACGCAAGAAAAAAACCUGGCCGUGUUUGUAUUCUCACAGAGCCAAUUUGUUUAGAUGCCAGUCAGAAUGACUGUCAUCCAGCUGCAAUUUGCAGUGAAACGCAAAACGAAGACAAGUAUACAUGCAGGUGCCGUGAUGGCUACAUUGACCAGUCUCCAGAUAAGAUUAAUCGUCCUGGACGAAUUUGUGUUGAACAGAUCAACGAAUGCUUAGAUCGUUCACUGAAUGAUUGUGAUUUGUUAGCGGUUUGUCAAGAUCUACCAGAUGGUUACACUUGUCGCUGUCCAGUUAACACUGAAGAUCGUUCACCAAAUUUGAGCAGACCGGGGAGAAAAUGCUUCCAGCAAGUUAACGAAUGUCGCAAUCCAUCGCUGAAUAAUUGUUCACGAUUCGCAGAUUGUAUUGAUCAUAUAGAUGGUUACGAAUGUCGAUGUCGUGAAGGAUAUCAUGAUGGUAGCCCAGAACAUCCUGGUACCAUCUGUAAUUACAUAAUCAAUGAAUGUGAAUCAGCGAACCUGAAUGAUUGUGAUCAUCAUGCAGAGUGUAUAGAUCUACAAGGUGGUUAUGAAUGUCGCUGUCCUGUUCCUUACCGAGAUGAGUCUCCACAUGGACAUCCUGGACGUAUAUGUCGUUUCAACGAGUGCUUAAAUCCAUCAGAUAACACAUGUGAUAAGAAAUAUGCAGUUUGUGAAGAUCUUGAUGAUGGCUACACGUGCCACUGCAAAGCAGGUUUCUACGAUAACUCACCAAAUAUGCAAGAACCUGGAAGAGUUUGUAUCGAAUUCCAAAAAGUGAAAUUGACAACGAUUUUACCCAAAGACAUGCCUCGCAUUGAUGGAAUUCCUUGUGGACGAAAUAACUACUGUGCAACGGCACGUAAUGAAGUUUGCGUUGGUGGCAUGGAAUGUACCUGUCGUCCUGGAGAGGGUCGUGCAACAUCGCAAGAUCGAUGUGAAUCUGUGGAUCGUAUACCGCUUUCAAUUCUGGUUUUAAACAAAGAUGCCGAAACUCUGUUGUACAGUUCUGAAUAUGGUAGUAGUUACAGUGCUCCAUACGUAGAGAUCACACAUUUGUUUAGCAAAGAUAUCGGGCGUUCCUUGGGUGGUACAACCUAUGGGCCACGUUAUGUGACAACUGAUGUCAAUUACAUUACUCAUCCAAAAACUGUUAAUAGCUCUUGGCCGAAUGGUUUGCUUUUCAACUUUUCCCUGGCAAUGUUGCCUAGUAAUGCAGCCAUCGAUGUUUGCGAUUUGUGGGAUCAGUUAGCAAAAUCGAUCCAACGAACAAACGGAGCAAUAGGUGGUGGGCCUCUUCGAGUAGCAUCUGAUUACGAUCAAUUAAACCCUUGCAAACCAAAACUACCAGAAGGGGAAAUGUGUGGAACCAAUUUUUGUAAUAGCGCUUUAAGAGAGAUAUGUGUUGCCGGAUCGAUCUGUGGUUGCAAACGUGGUGAAAAACGAUUAUCUUCAACUGAUGCCUGCCGACCAGUGGAAGCCUGGAACAUUGCUUUAUGGAUCGUUCGAAAAGAUGAUGAAAAUUUGGCAUAUAGCGAUAUUUUAGCUAAUCCUCGUCAUGCCAUCACAAAAGAACUUGUCAGACGAUUUGAAAGUGGCAUAGGGCAGUGCUAUCCAAAGACUUCUUUAUCUGCUUCAUAUAUUACGACUGAGGUCAACGAAAUUAUGGAUCCAGUAGCUAUUAAUGCUAGCUGGACUCGAGGCAUUCUAUUCAACGCAACCGUUUAUUUCCGAAAAGGAGCAGUAAAGCUACCAUCAGACGUUUAUAACAUGUUAGUCCGAUACAUUAUUGAUCAGAAUAACUAUCAGGUUGGAGAAAGUGGUCUUUAUUUGAAUGAUUAUCAACCGAAUCCAUUCAAAGCAUGCUGGAAGAACAACUGCCAUCCAAAAGGGAUUUGUUAUGACUUGGGGCCAAAUGCUUAUCGAUGUGAAUGCGGUUCAGGAUAUCGUGAUUUAGAUUUAUCUGAUCCAGGGAGGCAGUGUUUACCUGAUACUGGCUAUAAUGAAUGCGAACGAAGGGAAGACAACGAGUGCUCAGAAAAUGCUCGCUGUGUUGAUCAGGAACAUCUUUAUAAAUGUGAGUGUCUGCCAUCAUACACAGAUGCAUCACCAGAAGAUGCAAUCCCAGGAAGCAUCUGUGUUUUGGAUUAUUGCUCCGAUGUAAACUUUUGCCCCAAAAACACCACAUGCAUCAAUCAAGAACACGAAGCGAUAUGUCAAUGUGAUGCUGAUUACGUAGAUAUUCGGAAAAGCGAGAAAAAGGCGCAACUUUUCAAUCAUGAUACGCUUUGUUUAAAAAUGCGUGAUGUUGAUGAAUGCGCAUUAGGACUCACCAAUUGUUCAGGUGUAGCAGAAUGUAUUGAUAAAACAAUAGGCUACGAAUGUCAUUGUCCAGAAGGCUAUAUAGAUGGAAAUCCAGAGGAACCAGGACGAAUAUGUGGAGCAUUACUUUGUGACUUGUGUAAUUCACAUGGAGAUUGUGUGCACAACUCCAUGACAAACAACAUCACUUGCGUUUGUAGCGAUGGUUGGUCAGGAGAAUUUUGUGAUGUUGCACCAUCAAAAGUUUCAGUGAUUUUGCUUGUAAUUCUGGCGGUUCUCUUCCUUCUACUUACACUUUGUUGUUUGCUGUACUUUUGCACAAAAUGUAUUUGCUUCAAAGGAAGAAAUUUGUUAUAUCGAGAGCCACUUGCAUAUCGCAAAGGUGCUUGGCCCUGGUCUACUUUAGAGGCAUCUACAUCCAGCGAAAGUGGAGCUGAUUUUUCAGCACUGAGUGCAGCAGGUCACGACUAUUAUCCUGAAAUUGGUUAA